AUGAAUGUAAGGAAUGUGGGAAAGUCGUUAGCCAAUCCUCAAACCUCAUCAAAAACUCACAGUGGAGACAAGCCAUAUAAAUGUACAGAAUGUGGGAAAGCCUAUAGUCAGGCUUCAUCCCUUACUACACAUAUCAGAACUCACAAUGGACAGAGGCCUUACGAAUGUAAGGAAUGUGGGAAAACAUUUAGGUAUUCUUCUAACUUCACUUCACAUAUAAGAACUUACAGUGGAGAGAAGCCUUAUGAAUGUAAGCAAUGUGGGAAAGCCUUUAGGCAGUCCUCAGGCCUCAUGACACAUAGAAGAAUUCAUACUGGAGAGAGGCCAUAUGAAUGUAAGGAAUGUGGGAAAGCCUUUACAGAUCCCUCACACCUCACCUUGCAUAUGCGAACUCACAGUGGAGAGAGGCCUUAUGAAUGUGAGGAAUGUGGGAAAGCCUUUAGUCACUCAGGAAACCUCACUAAGCAUAUAAGAACUCACACUGGGCAGAGGCCUUAUGAAUGUAAGGAAUGUGGGAAAGCCUUUAGUCUGCUCUCUACCCUCACUACACAUAUAACAAUUCACAGUGGAGAGAAGCCUUAUGAAUGUAAGCAAUGUGGAAAAGCCUUUAGCAAGUCCUCAGGCCUCAUGACACAUAGAAGAAUUCAUACUGGAGAGAGGCCAUAUGAAUGUAAGGAAUGUGAGAAAGCCUUUACCUAUCGUCAGCUCUCAAACCUCACUACACAUAUAAGAACUCACAGUGGAGAGAAGCCUUAUGAAUGUAAGCAAUGUGGGAAAGCCUUUAGGCAGUCCUCAGUCCUCAUGACACAUAGAAGAAUUCAUACUGGAGAGAGGCCAUAUGAAUCUAAAGAAUGUGGGGAGGCCUUUCGUGCUUGCUCUUCCCUCAGAAGACAUAAAAACUCAUAGUGGAGGACUUAGGAAUUUAAGGUGCGUGAGAAAGCCUUUCCUUGUU